AUGGUAUCCAGUGCAAUAGCGGAUGCUAUGCGAGCAGAAUUUUCUGACCUUGUAAAAGUGCCCUUAACCCCAAACUCCGACCUUUCCUCUCUGUCAAAGUUGUGGCUUGAACACGUAACACUGAGGCACAGCGCUCUGCUUGGAGAGUGCUGCGCGGCAACAGUGGUUCUGAAUUCACCUUCGACUGUCUCAAACUCUUUGGUUCAAAGCGCCCGUGAUUUUGGACGCUCGUGGGGUCGUCUUACUCGGCUUCUGGCAGAGGUGAAAUUUGUCAAUGAGGCCCAGCUGAAAAUUGAUGAACAGAAGAAUUGGAAGUCUUUGGCUUCUGACUUCACUGAAAGUGGUCUUCCGGAACCGACGCUGGCGGGUGUUUUAUACGCCUCCCUGGGAGACAUUGCCAUCAUCUCUGAUCUUUACAAGUCUUUGGCUACUUCCCUUACACUUCAGUUGCACGCGGCUUUUGAGAGACUUUUGCAAUCUAGCGAUGACAGGAACGAUGUUCGUUGUCUUAUUGAAGAAUCUGUAAACCUGCUUGCUAAAGAGGCCAGUUAA